AUGGAUCCGGAGACGACCAAACAAGGAUCCCUACAGAAUCCCGCACUUAAGGACAAACUGGCCAGCGAGACCCAUUUGCGUCGCUUCACGGAGAAUGUAUUGGAUUCCAGGCAGCAGGAGAUCGAGCACCGGGAAUCAGAAAAGGGCCAGCUUGCAGAAGAGGCGGAAACUCUCAGAAGACAACUUGUCGUCGCGCAGCGGCAGCUCGCAGAGGCUCAGGAUCAGAUCUUUCGUCUGCAGCCUAGAAGAAGAGACAUCACAGAAACAGAGGCCAGAGAAGCCUACAAGAUCCUAGUUGGGAAUGUCCAGCGCUGGGUUGAGAACCGUGCUGCUUAUGCUAUUGAGGAUCUCGAAAUUAGUCGCCUUGCUGCCAGAGCAUCCUCUCCAGAAGGGCUGCGACUCGUUUCUCUUCUCAGGGAACAGUCCAGACGAUGCUUGAAUGUUACGCAGUCUGAUGAAUUCCACAUCACUGGGGUCAUCAUGAACUAUCUCCACGUUACUUUGUUCUCAAAAUCUUUUUAUUGUCCUCUCGAUGAUACGGAGGGUGACGGUACGUCGAGGUGGGUCGAUGAUCUGGAGAACACUAUGUCUCGACUGCCAAGAGAUACAGCUCAUUGUAGGGAAUGGAGAAGCGAGACGCUGACUGCUUUGACUCACCAACCAUCUUUCAGAGCGCGCCGGCAAAGGUUUCUGAAUUUUGUUGUUGACGAUCUGACAACUCUACUCUCAAUCAUUGCCCCGAAAAGUCCUCACGCUGAACUGCAAGGUUCUAUUCGUCGAAGCAUUAUAGAACCUGCAGCAGAUCUCGCUCAUCAGCUUCACCUGGCACCCAGUGUAUUUUCAUUGAAGUGGCCUGCUCGCACAGCCGCGACGAGGUUGGAGGUCUACCAAUGCUUGAAUAUGGCGAAUGGAGGAGCAACUCUUGACUUGAGUGGAACAAAAGCAGCUUCUCAAGCACGCCGCGGUAUCAUAUAUCUCUUUGAUAUAGCUCCCGGGCUUUUCGUCGAGAGAGUCGAAGGUGGUAGAAAGCUCGGGAACCAGUCGAAGCUCAUCAAGAGCAUCAAGUUCAAGGAGACCAGCUGGAUCUGUCAUAUCCGCAUCAAGCAGACAAAGAUAAUAGUCCUUGUUUUAUGA